UGGCAUAGGUCUGUUCACCUGCGCUCUGCGAUGCGCUCAAACAGUGCGCUAUUGUAUUGUUACGAAUGAAAUAUGUACAUAUCAUACUCGGGCAUAUUAAGUAGAUAUAUACUGACGCGCGCACACAUAUAAAGAAUCAAGAGAGAGUAGCAUCGAUCAAAGAGAAUUCCGAAAAAAGGCAAAAGUUAACAAUUGUCAGGUAUAAUGGAACCAUCGGCAAAAAAAUUAAAAACUACUGAGGAAAUUGACGUUAUUAAAAGUAACGAUAAAUAUAAAAUAAAAAUGGAUGUAAGCUUUGAAUUGGACGAUCACGAGGGAGUAAUUAACUUGGACGAUAAAUCGAACGAAAAAAAAGAAGAUCCGAUUUUCUUAACAGAUGACGAUUCAUUUGUAUUUCCACCUGACAACGAUAUAUCCGAUAUGUUGGAAGGCAUCGACUAUAGUGGUUCGUUACCAACUAUUACAGAACGUUACUUUUCUACGUAUUAUAAAGUUGACGUUCAAAGGCCCGGAGACGAUAUGUGUAUCAGAGUACACAGUAAUCGUAUUUGUUUGAUUUCGUUAGCACCGAGUCAUAAUAUUUUUCAAAAUGGUAACAAAAUAUUAAAAGUUGAUUACAAAGUAAGCGACAAGUUAGAUAGGAUGUUAAAUAAGGUCUCUGGAAAAAGUAAACACGGUGCUCAACCUUUGCAAAUUAAUUCUAACAUUUGUGCGAUAUCUUGUUCGGACGGACAAAUAUACACAAUAAAGUGCUGUAUUAUUGGGAAAUUAAUAGAAGUUAAUGAAAUAUUAUUGCAUUAUCCUGAACUUUUAAAGGAGCCACCGCACAAAGGUGGAUACUUGGCCCUUGUGCUGCCUAACUUAAAGCUAUUGGAUAAAAUAAAAGAUACAUUAUUAACAUCGGAGGAAUAUAAAACAUUUAUACUCUCGCGUAAAUCUAAAGUAUAAAUUUUUUAAUCGUUAAUUGAUUAUGUUAAGACAAUAAUAUAGUUUGCCUUUAACGAAAGUAUAAGAUUAUUAACAAAAAUACAUAUAUAAGAUUGUAAUUAUUUUUGAUAUAGGAUCGUCAUAUGAAAACUUGAUAGGAACGAUAUCUUUAAGCGGCGCAUAUCCUUUAAAAAAUAAUCUUAUUAACGAUCAUGAGAGAAGAGAAAGGGGGCAGAAAACGGGAGAGAGAGAGAGAGAGAGAGAGAGUGACAUAUAAUAUGCAAGUAUUGUGUAUUUUCUUUCUCAGAUAAAAUAACUUAUAUCAGAGAACUAUAAAUUAACUAAAACUCAUCAAUGGCACUCUAAAAACCCGUAUAUUUCUUUUAUACAAUCUUUCUCCCUAUACUAUUUAUUUUCUUCAUCUUGUUUCUUUCGAGGAUCUUUCAAUAGAUUACUCAAAAUAAUGCCUACAAAAAUGAUCAUACCUAUUCUCUGAUUAGAUACAAAUUUAUGAGCACAAUCAUUAGGAUUAUUGAUAUCCAAAGUAUUUAUCUGAAAAACCAAAUAUAUAAUAUUAUGGUUGUAUUUAUAGCAAUUUAUACACACACACACAAAUAUUCUGAUAUAUAUAUAUAUAUAUUAAUCACAAAGUUCUUACCUGACUGACGAGAUGUUUUCCAGUUAAUCCUACUGCUACGUAAUAUGGCCAAGUUUGCGCAGUUACAAUACCAGACGUUAGUAAUCCUGCUAUCAUAGAUACACCAAAGGCAGACAAAUAAAGUUGCGUUUUGUCUCCAAACUUCAAUGCGGUCGAUUUAAUGUUUAACAGUAGAUCAUCCGCCUUGUCCUAAUAUAAUAGAAUAUUCUUAAUAACGUAAUAGUGUUCUUAAACAUUCAUAGAAACGAUGAAACGCAUUUACGCUUACUUGAUGGGCAUAAAUGGUAUCAUAUAUGAUAGUCCAACAAAUUCCACUGACAUAAAGUGGUAAGCAUAUAGACCAAUCGCAUGAUCCUCGCACCGCUGACCAUCCUAAGAGAGCUCCCCAAUUGAAGGUCAUACCCAAUAUAAAUUGAGGCCAAUACGUUACUCUUUUCAUUAAAGGAUAAAUUAUUACCAAGCCUGUAAUGAAUAAUAAAUAUGAUAUAUAUAUAUAUAUAUAUAUACAUAUAUACAUAUAUACAUAUAUACAUAUAUAUAUAUAUAUAUAUGCGUUAAAUCUUUUUUAUCCUUUUAUUUUAUCGAUAAGCAACAACCUAAAGAACUUGCACCAAGUAAAACGCUAUACCAGUUCAAUUGUAAUAGGACAAGUAAACCUAAACUCAAUUGUCCUCCAAGAAAAAUUAACGACUGUAAAUACGUAAUUUGUCCAGUAGCCAAAGGUCUAUCGUUUGUUCUCGCUACCUAACAAAAAUUUUAUAUAUUUCAUAGAGUAUUAUAAAAUUGUAAGAUGGUAAUAAGUCGAAUAAUAGAUUUAGAUACCAUUUUGUCGAUAUCACUAUCCCACAUAUCAUUUAUGGUACAACCAGCGCCUCGCAUUAUAAAUGCACCUAUUCCAAAUAGCGUCAAUAAUUUAAGAUCUGGUAAAGAAGCUGGAGAUGCCGCCAUAGCUAUACUCCAGCCGCAAGGCCAAAAUAACAACCAUGAUCCUGAAAAUGCAAUACCAUUUAUUAAUAUAUACAAUAAUUAUAGUUGUGCCCAAUUAACGUACAUCUUACCUAUAGGUUUAUCUAUUCUCAUAAGCCUCAUGUAUGGUUGUAUUUUUGGAGAAGAAUUAUUCAAUAUUCUCGCCGCUAAUCUCGAAUAUCUUCUCUCCUGACAAUUGGAUAAAUUAAUAUAACACAAUGUAGGUAAUCCUAACAAAGGUUUAACAUUAUCGCCUAUGUCAAAUUGUAUUUUAUAUUUGUACUUAAUUUUGACAGAGGAUAAAGUAUUAAAAUUCUUAAAGGAACAUAAACUGCUUAAAGUUAUCUUGAUCUUUUUUUCAUUAGAGUUAUUAAUAUACGUUGACAAUCCAUAAAAUGCGCCCAGUUUUUGACCACUUCUUAUUAAUAACAUGGUUUUAUAUUUUAUCUGAAAUGUAUGUUUAAUAAAAAAAGAAUUGGAAUGGA